GCCAGUCAAUCUCAGUUCUCGUUUUUUAUUACGGUAAUCAAGCAAGGUCGGUGAAACAGUUUACAGUUGGAUUCGAAGUGUGCCGUAUACAUUUCAAAAUGCCACCGGACAGGACUAACGUGGAAGAAAAGGAAUCGUUGAGCGACGAACAGAAACAGGAUAGAUUUGUUGAACUCCGGAACUUGAUUCAAGGAGAAGAACUUCUAAAAAAUAUCGAUACUGGUGAUAACUUCUUGGAGAGAUAUUUCUACGGUACAAACUUCAGCGUCGAAGAUUCAUUUAAAAAGUUGAAGGCAUUCAGAGAACUCCAGAUAGAGAAGCCGGAAUGGUUCACCAAAGAAGCACCACUAGAUAAAAAACCGAUUAUUGAAAUGAACGCCAGAAUCCUAUUGGAUGAGUGUGACAAAGAAGGAAGGCCUAUCUACCUAGCGAAAAUGGGAAAUAUUGAUGUCAACAAAAUGAGCAUGUACGACGUGUUGGCUUUGGAUGAUCUGUGGCUGGAAUUCGUUCUUACCAAAAACCCGCGCGUUACAAAAAAUGGCUUUUGCAUGAUAAUGGACAUGGAAAAUUGUAGUUGGAAGUUGGUGAAAUGGAUGAGUCCAGAAAACGUGAAGAUAGGAGUAAAAAAACUCGAAGCUCUCCCUUUUAAUGUGUUGAAAGUGCAUGUGGUCAAUAAUUCUUUUGUCGUAAACACAAUCGUGAGAAUGAUGUGGCCGUUUCUGCCCGAGAAAAUUAAGAAUAUGGUUGUGUUUCAUUUCAACGACUGGGAAGUUCUUUACCAGCACAUCGAUCAAGAGAAGCUGCCCAUUGAAUAUGGAGGUAUCAAAAAGAUAGACUAUAGUGAACUGUAUGAAAAACUGUUUCAGAUGAACGACGAGAUUUUCAGAAGUUUCGCAUCGUACAGAACGAUUGAAAAUACGUAGUGGGUGAAAAGCAUUGAAAAAUAAUGUUGUUCUUAUUUUAAGGGUGUUAUCGAUUGAAAUAUUUUAACUGUAAUCAAAUUUUCGUUUUAAUAUACUUAUCAAAUCAC